AUGCGGACAAUCCCCCGGGCGGGUGUUUGGUUUUUUUUAGCGGUGGUUGGUUUCGACGAGAUCCGGGGGAGGGAGGGGGGGAUAAGGCUGUGUUUUCGUAGGGGGGGGCGGGGGGGAGUGAAUGGGAAUUGUUGUAGAUCUCCAGCGGCCGUCGCGAGGGAGGACGUAAAAUCGAACUUCUCCGCACACGAUCACGCCCGUAAAGAUUCCGUUUUCAAGCAGAAGCCGAUCACGGUGUUGAACGGGGUUCCGAAGGAGAACAUUGAGGAGAAGUACCUGGUGGAUCGCGAGCUGGGACGAGGUGAGUUCGGGUUACUUACCUUUGCAUCGACCGGGACGCGCGAGUUGCUCGCGUGCAAGUCUAUCUCGAAGAGGAAGCUGAGGACCGCCGUGGAUAUCGAGGAUGUGAGACGGGAAGUUGCGAUAAUGAAGCAUUUGCCGAAGAAUUCGAGUAUCGUGAGCUUGAAAGAAGCUUGCGAGGAUGACAAUGCGGUUCAUCUGGUGAUGGAGCUUUGCGGUGGUGAGCUCUUCGAUAGGAUCGUGGCCAGAGGACAUUACACUGAGAGAGCCGCCGCCGCGGUAACGAGGACGAUUGUGGAAGUGGUUCAGCUUUGCCAUAAGCAUGGAGUGAUUCAUAGAGAUUUGAAGCCUGAGAAUUUUUUGUUCGCUAAUAAGAAAGAGAAUUCGCCGUUAAAAGCUAUCGAUUUUGGGUUAUCGAUAUUUUUCAAACCAGGUGAACGAUUCUCUGAGAUUGUUGGAAGUCCAUAUUAUAUGGCUCCUGAGGUGCUCAAACGAAAUUAUGGACCAGAAAUAGAUAUAUGGAGUGCAGGAGUCAUACUCUAUAUUUUGUUGUGUGGGGUUCCUCCUUUUUGGGCUGAGUCUGAACAAGGUGUUGCACAGGCCAUUCUUAGAGGGUUAAUAGAUUUCAAACGGGACCCAUGGCCAAAUAUUUCAGAGAGUGCUAAGAGUCUAGUCAGGCAAAUGCUGGAACCAGACCCAAAGCUUCGUCUCACUGCAAAACAAGUGCUUGGUAGUAUCAUUUCCUCUGUGCUACUCCUAGAUGAACUUGUGUAUGUUUCAUGGAAGGGAGUUGAUGGGACUGGGCAUCCUUGGCUCCAAAAUGCUAAAAAAGCUCCCAAUGUUCCUCUUGGCGAUGUUGUUAAGUCAAGGCUUAAACAAUUUUCAAUGAUGAACAGAUUCAAAAGAAAAGCCCUGCGGGUUAUUGCUGAGUUCUUAUCCAUUGAAGAAGUUGAAGACAUCAAAGAAAUGUUCAAGAAAAUGGACACUGACAAUGAUGGCAUCGUUUCAAUUGAAGAGCUGAAAGCUGGAUUUAGAAAUUUUGGUUCACACCUUGCAGAGUCUGAAGUGCAGAUGCUUAUUGAAGCUGUUGAUGCUAAUGGGAAGGGAACAUUGGACUAUGGGGAAUUUCUUGCCGUAUCUCUCCAUCUGCAAAGAAUGGCCAAUGAUGAGCAUCUUCGAAAGGCCUUUUCCUAUUUUGACAAAGAUGGCAAUGGUUACAUUGAGCCUGAUGAGCUUCGGGAUUCAUUAAUGGAGGAUGGAGCAGAUGAUUGUACUAGUGUUGCAAAUGACAUCUUCCAAGAAGUGGACACAGACAAGGAUGGACGUAUCAGCUAUGAUGAAUUCGCAGCCAUGAUGAAAACUGGUACAGAUUGGAGAAAGGCUUCUCGACAUUACUCAAGAGGGAGAUUCAACAGUCUAAGCAUGAAGCUGAUGAAGGAUGGUUCUCUGAACUUGGGGAAUGAGUAGGCAUCAUCAUACCAGUUCUUUGUUUAGUUCAUCCUUGCAAGAAAAAGUACCGGAUCAUUCCUUGUAUAUCUUUAGACUUUGCUUUCUCUUGUGAUUAUUUGCGGAGGAGGGCUCUUUGCAUUGAAUGGGGUCCUUUUUGCCUGGUGGUUUUACAAGGAAUUAUGGAGGGGCCAAGUUCACCUUGUUUGUCUCUGCUAAUGUUAAUCGUGGAAAACACCUUGUGGCCAUAGAGUUAGGCGUGUAUGAUUCUCUCUUACCACUACCAACCUUUUUUGAUUAUUGUUUCUGGUUGACAACAUGGGAUUGAAUUGUGUAGUGCUUAAUAUAUUCUUGCCUAAAGAAAAUAUGGUCUCUUGCCUCUUGC